AUGAGUACAAUCACGAGUGAAGCGCUAGAGCCUGUAGACCCCAUCUCUCGACUACCAUCAGAGUUGCGCCUAAACAUUUGGGAACACGUUAUCGACGACUGGGAGCUCUGGCCAAUUAUGUACGAUCCUGAUGAGUUUCGGUCGUUCACACGGGUUAGUUUCCGCCAUCGACCCCCUGUAGAUCUCCUCCUGAUUGCACCUCACUUCUACGGCGAAAUCAGUCAGGUCAUCAAGAACAAAUGUAACGGCACGUUUGUCGUGAACAACGGUCUCGAACUUUCCGCCUGGAACCGAGGCGGCCUACUGAACCUGAUGCUGUCACAAUACGGUCACCUUGUCCGCCGCUUCUUCGACAUCUGGACACUUCUCGAGCCUAAAAACGACCCUUUUUCGUCGGUCCAGUGGGCGAUGAUGCCGAACAUUGAUACGGUCGUCCUUGAUGGCUCUCUCCGAAUGUGGCUGUUUGAGCUCGAUCCACAGCCUGCGCUACUCGAUAUCUUGUCCAGAAAUUGUGAUGCCCAGCUGUGGAAGAGCCUACGGGAAUAUGGUGCAUACCGCAUGGCCGCCGACGUCUACGACCUGCCCUCGAACGUGAUUGCUCAUUUUCGCCUUACUGUCAACAUUCGGUUGGUUUGGAUUCAGCAGUUUCUCAAACUAGACCUUCCAGGUGAUUUGCUUCUAUUCGAAUUCACGAUGUCCUGGAAAAACGUCCAGCGUGCCGCGGCAGACAAGGACUUUCAGGUUUGGCCUGGCCACGGUGAGCUCAAGAUCAAGUUUGCCUACACAGAAUGGUAUCAGGAGGCGUGGAUCAAUGCUACGGACAAGACAGAGUUUAAGCGGGCUGUGCUUGAACCUGAACGAUGCGAGGAGGAUCAAUGGCCGUCACAGGCGGAGCUCGAAGCCAUCCAGAUACCAGCUGACGACGCAUAUCGAGCAACUACGGUACCAAGACAUCAUGGGGUGGACUUCGAUGCGGUAUUGAACCUGAACGCCUGUUCAGAUUCCAUCAUACCUGAUUGA